CACAAUAUGAGAAGUUCAUGAAUCAGUCAAAUCAUGUUUUGCAUGAAAUCUUUUGAUAUCAACUGGCUUGUAUGGGUUAGAGGUGAGGUUGAGGUUUGAGCUUAGCAAGUGCCAUCACUGCUAUAUAUAAACCACUGUGUCUAUGAGAUGUUCUUAUUAAUAGACUGAAACCAACGUGAUUGUGUGAUGCUUGAUCAUGUAGACUGUCCAGUGUCCACCGGAAAUGUUCCAACUGUCACUCAUCUUAUAGCUUUAACACAUUAAGUGAUAUGGUAAAGUGAGCUUUUCUCACUUGUAUGUCUUUUGAAUUUCCUCUUCAUCCCAGAAUAACCUUUUACUGUACAUUAACUGGUAAGGCUGGUAGCAGAUAAUAAUGUUUGCCCUGCCUUCCUUAUCUUUCAAAUACACUCUUAUUUUACGUGACUCUGGUAGCAAACCAUUAUACAAGCCGGCUAUUGCAAACAUUAAGAUAUCCAUCAUUUGCAUGCACAACUUAGGGAUUCUUAAUGAAAUCAUUAACGAAUUUAUUCGUAGAGAAAAGCAAACAACAGUUGUAGUGAGAGGAGAGGAAGCUCAGCAGGAGGGGCUUCAGGGAGGGAAGCGUGAGCCUAAAUGUAGCUAGAUGUCACUCAACAUAAUCACACCUUGGAGUUUGCUGUAGUGCAGGGCCGGUGUUAUCUGCAGAUGAGCAUUCGAAGCCUGGAAACCUUUUAGAGGUGGAAAAGCUAUGCAGACGUAACAGAUGUCUGAACAUCAGCACGGGAAGCUGGAGAGAGGGAGGGAGACCGAACAAAAGCCAUUUAAUCAGCAUUUGAAUAAAAAGAAGAGUGAACAGAGUGCCGGUGCCAGUGACUGGGUGAAACGAAAGCUAAAUCAACAUAUUCGCAAUAAACAUAGGAAAUUUGAAAGUCAGGAUCCAGCCCAACUCUGUGUAUCAAACAUACCUGAAUCGCAAUAUUUGGAGGAGGACAAUCCAUUGAGAAGAACAGCCUCAGAGCCGAUUCUGAAGCUGCGACCGAAGAGAAGCGCCUCGGGAAGACAGAACCCACUGCUGCGUAAAACCAGUGCGCCCCCUGCUGUCAGAGCAUCUGACUCUAUGGGGGGAUCCUCCAGUUCUACUCCAGUAUCCUUAAGAAGUUCAUCAGCAGAAAAAAAAAUGAGCCAUCAAGAGCCACAAACCUAUAGCACAUCAUCACCACAACAGUAUGAAUCUCCUGUACACACUGGUGUUCAGAACACCAUGCUCUGGACUAGAUAUGAACAGCCGGUCUUUGCCUUGCAUUCACCUGUUCUUACAGUUCCUGGGCAGUGGGCGGUGAUGUCUCAUAAGCCUUUGAGCAAAUCCCAGUCGGCACCUGCUUUCUUCCAGCACAUCCACACUCAGACUGUUAUGAUAACACACCCCAUGUACCAACAGCAAUGGCCACAGGAGACAUUCCAGCAACACACUGAGACAAAUGUACAUUUGCACGCAAACACACAGAGCUCUUUUUCACAAGCUCAUUGUAAGGUACCUCUUCACACGGUGCGGCCUGUGUCCUCUGGAUCGCUGAGAAAAAACAGAGAGAGAAUAAGAGAGGACUUAUAUAUGCAGUCUCAAUUGCCUCUUGAUGACCGAUGCAGUGAUCAACUGGGAGUGCUGCAGUGCAGUGAAUGCUGUGAUGUACGGAAAACAAUAUAUCACCAGAACCUUACACGUGUGAAUUCCUCUCCAGGCACCUUUAACAGAAGUCUGCCUUUACAUUUAUCCUCACCUCUAGCCCGGGAUGUCAGGAGCACAUCAAAGUAUAAAACAGGUUUGGUGUUUGACUCUCAGAUGCUGAAACAUGAGCAGGACUGUAAAGAUACCAGCUUUGAUCCUGGGUAUGCUGGCAGAAUUAUGAGUAUCUGGUCAAGACUACAGGAAUGUGGGUUCAGGAAUCAGUGUAAGUUGGUUAAAGGCAGCCCGGCCACGUUUCAGGAGCUUCUGUCGGUCCAUUCAGAACAGCUUAUUCUUUCGUACGCUGGGUUCUCAGAAAGAACAUCUUCCAUACCAUAUCAAAUUCAAACAGACCAUGAUAUGGUAUUGAAAAAUCCCUACAGUGCAACAAUACUGAAAAUGUCAGUGGGCAGUGUGAUUGAGCUGGCUUUCCGUGUGGCUAGAGGAGAGCUAAGGAAUGGGUUUGCUGUGGUCACACCUCCAGGACACCAUGCAUCACGUACUCAAACAAAUGGUUCCAGUAUCUUUAACACUGUGGCCAUUGCUGCUAAACAGCUUCAGGAGCGAUUGAAGGUUAAAAAGAUCCUUAUAGUAGAUUGGGAUGUUCAUCAUGGUAAUGGAACUGAGGAGAUAUUCUACUCAGAUCCUAGUGUCCUCUAUAUAUCCCUGCAUCGCUAUGAAAAUGGUUCUUUCUUGUUUGGAAAUGGACAACCCACCAGGGUAGGAUCAGAUAGAGGGAUAGGCUAUAAUGUAAAUGUGGCGUGGUUAGGAGGCCUGAAUCCUCCAAUGGGAGAUGCAGAAUACCUAGCUGCAUUCAGAAUGGUAGUGAUGCCAAUUGCUCAUGAGUUUUCCCCAGAUGUGGUCCUGGUUUCAGCUGGUUUUGAUGCUGCAGAGGGUCACUCAGAGGCUCUGGGUGGAUACAGAGUCUCAGCAAACUGUUUUGGAUUCUUGACCCGGAAGUUAAUGGAGUUGGCUGAAGGUCGAGUGGUGUUGGUGUUAGAGGGAGGUUCUAGUCUCACAUCUCUCUGCGACGCGUUGCAAGCCUGUGUCGGCGCUCUCAUGGGAAAUGAGCCUGAGCCUUUAGCCGAGGAGGAAUUAGUGAGGAAACCCUGUACCAAUGCAGUCGAGUCUCUGAAGACAGUUCUACAUGUUCAGAGCAGAUACUGGCAUUCAGUGAGGUCUAUGGUAAACACUGUGUUUCUGUCCUACGUGAAUGCGGAGAGGAGAUACUCGGCAGGCAGUGAAGCUGCUUCAGUCCUGGAUGGCCUUCGUAUGACUGUUCCAAGCAGCAGCCGUUUCCCUAAUGAGCCUAUGGAGCAUGAUGAAGCUGAUUCAUUGUAGAAGCCAGUCUGGAAGACUUUAUUCCUCUCCAAGCAGAAGUCGUACAUCCAGUGCUGCAACAGACUGUGAUAUUACUAUGAUGACUGCAGUGUUGAGACAGGAGACAAUCCUCAGGAACUUUGCUGAACAAAAGAAAUUCACUGUCACAUCUCGUGAGUGAUUUUUUGAAAUGCUGAGUCAUUUGUUUGACAGCGACAAAGGUUUUGGUGAUGUAGAAUAUGGGUAUUGUAAAGUAAGGAU